UGCAGUAAAUUGUACUCCUACAUUGUAAACUGGACUCAUGCUCAGGUAAUAUGCGAGAUGGACGGAGGGCAUUUAUUUGUAGCGGAUACAACCGAGAAGAUAGCUAUCCUUCGUAAGUAUUGUUUCAAACAUGUUGCUUGUGGUUGGGUUGGAGCAACAGAUAUUUUAAGAGAAGAUGAUUGGUAUUGGUUAAACGGUGUCCCUGUAGAUCGAAAUAUGUUUAAAAUUGGAGAGCCCACUAAUACAAAUGGUGAUGAAAAUUGUUUAGGAAAUUUUGCUCUCACAGCGCCUAGCUUUAACGACAUCCCGUGUUCUUAUAAAUAUUAUUUUAUGUGUGAAGUUCCUACAAAAAUAGCUCUCAACCAAUAA